UAACUCAGUCUUCCACUUACCCCUCUGUCGCAAAGUACAUUGAAACCACGAAACGCAGAUCUGACCCUACUGACGAGAAAUGCAACUCGACCCAACGACCCAAUCCAAUUACUUUGAAAUCGAGACGUCUCACGUCUCCUUUGACUGGGAGAUCGACUUUGAUGCGAAGAUCAUUAAAGGUUCUGCGGGGUACAAGCUCAAAGUGAAGACUGAUGAUGUGAAGGAGGUUAUAUUCGAUACGUUGGAUUUGGAUGUGCAGGAGACGAAGGUUAGGGGCGAGAAUGCGGAGUUCGAGUUGAAGGGGAAACAUCCUGUUAUGGGUUCGGCGCUUCAUAUCUCACUGCCCAGUGGAUUGAAGAAGGGGGAUGAAAUCGAGGCUUGGGUCAAGUAUCAGACCAGCCCCGAGGCGACUGCGUUGCAGUGGUUAGGCAAAGAGCAGACUCAGGGCAAGCACUUCCCGUUCUUGUUCAGUCAGUGCCAGCCCUCGUAUGCCCGGACCAUGGCUCCUGUGCAGGACACGCCUUCUGAUAAGAUCACCUAUGAUGCGAAGGUAACUUCCAUCCUCCCAGCGUUGAUGUCUGCCAUCCGUGUUUCGCCACCUGCGGAUGGGCCAGUACACGACGGGAAGGUUGUGGGCAAGGAUAGUGUUACUUAUGUCUACCGUCAGCCCGUCCCCAUCCCGCCCUACCUCCUCGCCCUUGCUUCAGGCAACCUUGUGUACCGUCCUUUCGCGCCCUUCCCCAACAAGCAAUGGACUACUGGCAUCUUCGCUGAGCCCGAGACGAUCGAGAAGGCUUACUGGGAAUUCAGCGAGGAUACUGCUAGGUUCUUGGCAGAGGAAGAAAAGGUAGUUGGAGAUUAUAGGUUUGGGGUGUACGAUCUGUUGGUGCUGCCGCCUGCGUUCCCGUAUGGUGGGAUGGAGAACGCUUGUUUGACGUUCUUGACACCUACGCUGUUGACUGGCGAUCGGGCCCUCGUCGACGUCGUCGUCCACGAGCUCACCCAUUCGUGGUUUGGGAACGGUAUCACCCAUGCUCAUGCCUCGCACUUCUGGUUGAACGAGGGGUGGACGACGUAUAUGGAGCGUCUCUUGCAGCACUUCAUCCAUGGGCCUAAGCAUCGCGACUUCCAGUACAUCAUUGGCUACAAGGCAUUGAAGGACUCGUUGGAGGGCUAUAAGGAUACGCCGAGGUAUCAGAGACUGGUUAUCGACUUCGAAGUUGGAGAGGAUACGGAUGAGGCGUACAGUAGCAUUCCGUAUGAGAAGGGGGCGAACUUUAUUCUGCAUCUCGAGAGGACUCUGGGCGGAUUGGACGUGUUUUUGCCAUAUAUUCGGGAUUAUGUCGAUACGUUCAUUGGGAAGAGCAUCACGACCCAACAGUGGAAGGACCACCUGUAUGGAUAUUAUCAGAAGCAUAAUCCGGAGAAAGUCAAGGCCCUGGACACUGUUAACUGGGAUGCCUGGUUGUACGGCGAGGGCACGGAGCUGCCAGUCAAGAUGGAGUAUGACACCGAGUUGGCCAAGGCAGCUUAUGACCUUGCUUCUCGAUGGGAUGGAGCUCGCAAUGUCGAUCCAUCGCGUCUCAACUUUAAGGAAGACGACCUGAAAGGAUUCGACACCAACCAGCAAAUUGCAUUCCUCGAGAAAUUGCAAGAUUACCCUCCCCUCCCCGGAACUCUCAUCGCCCUCCUAGGCUCAACGUACCAAUUUGCGACAACUGGGAACGCUGAGACUCGCUGCCGAUUCUACGGCGUUGCGUUGAAGGAUCCUCAAGCCCCGGAUAGCAAGACGUGGGCUGCUGAUGCGGCUAAGUGGGUGGUAGGAGCUGAUGGAUCUGGUGUGGUAAAGGGCAGGAUGAAGUUCUGCAGGCCGACUUUCCGUGCUAUUGCGAAGGCGGAUAAGCCGUUGGCGGAGAAGACGUUCAAAGAGAACAGGCUCUCGUUCCACCCUAUUGCUGCCAAGUUGAUUGAGAAGGUAUGGCGGCUCGAUUUGUUUCCCUGGUAG